AUGGGUGCCAGCCCGUCUGGCGCGCGCGUGGGAAGCGAAGCAUUGGAAGCUGCAAAUGCUGACAAGGUCUUCGUGUCGGUGGAGGUGGUGAAUGCGUCGGGCCUCGUGCUUCAGCGAUCUCGCGUUGAGCCAGAAGCAUGUGCUGAAGAGUUGCCUGCAACUCUGGCUUCUGAAGCGUGUCUUCAGUUCCCAAUCGUCGAUGAGGCCUUCAUCAGCUACACCACCGCGGCAGAAAAUCCUCACCAUCCUUCACGGAUCCUGAGUCUGUACGUUUCCCUGGAGACGGGCGGUUUCCGCGCCUGGCUCUUGGGCCUCCCCUGCCGUUUGACGCUGGCCGCCGCCUUCGCGCCACGGAUGUCCCACCGGGACGAGCUGCGCCGCCAGGCGUGCCACGAGGGCCGCGGGACGAAGUGCGGAUGGGCUGCGGAUGGGCUGCGGCCGCGCAAAGCCACGGUGACCCUGGAAGCCCAGGAAUUGGUCCUUGAGCAGCGCCAGCAUUUUCUGGAUGCCAUGGAAGCGAAGCAGAAGGAGGAAGAGGAUCGCAAGGAGGAAGAGGAUCGCACUUCUUCCCCUUCACAGGCGCCCGAAGCGACCCAGCAAGACUUGAUUCCUGCCGGAGGUUCUGCGGCCUCCUCGAAGGAGGAGAGCCCAAGCCCAUCCCGAGCAGGGGCAGUGGCAUUGGAAGCCCAGCGGCACAAGAAUCUUCAGAGAGUGAGGAACCAGCCCACGGCUCCAGUCUUCCCACCUCGGAGCGUGGAGGUUCCAGAAAGCAAGGACACCAAGCGCACCAUGCGUUCCCGCUCGGGAGCAUUGGCUUUGGAGGCGCAGCGUGCCAUUGAGAGGGCGAAGGUCGAAGCGGCGCGGAGGUGCGAAGAACAGGAGCGCGAAGAGCCUGCAGAGGAGCAAGAUGAAAGUCAAGAUCAAGCGCCCAACGAUUCUGCCGCCCUCAUUGCCAUGCAGGAUAUUGAGUAUCAGAGGAGUUUGCUCCAUGAUCAGCUUCAAGAUCUGCAAAAGGAGCAGGCCAGGAGCGAAGGCUCCAAGAAGCUCUUAGAAGUGGAGCUGCAGAAAGCCACCACACGGCACCACCAUGCGCAAUCGCGCCUUUCAAGGUAUGGUGACAACCCGCGGCUCCACGCGGAGGCGCAAGAGGCGCGAGAGGCCGAAGAUGUGCUGCGGGUGGAGGUGGAGGAGGUGGCGCAGCGGGUGACGGAACUUCAGGAGCUGGUGUCAGAGAAAGAAGAGCUGCUUUGCAUGGCCUCCUUAGCUGAUGAGGAUUGCUGA